AUGUCUGCCCGCCCUUCCUACCGCCUCUUCCAGGCGUCCCGGGCAUUCUUCCGCCAGCCGCUGCUACGGCGUCGCAUCAACACAGCUGCUCAGCCAGAGGCUCCUGCCCAGGGCGGCAUUGCGAAAAUAUGGAACAGCCCGGUUGGCCCGAAGACGGUUCAUUUCUGGGCACCUAUCAUGAAGUGGGCUCUCGUCCUAACAGGCGUUUCUGACUUCUACCGCCCGACGGAGUCCCUCUCCCUCACUCAGAACGGCGCCCUCAUGGCCACCGGCGCCAUCUGGACCCGAUGGUGCUUCGUUAUCAAGCCGCGGAACAUCUUUCUGGCCGCUGUCAACUUCUUCCUCUUCAUCGUGGGCACAACCCAAGUUACCCGUAUCUUGAUCUGGCAACGCUCGCAGGCGGGCCAGCCGAUCACCGAGGAGGCCAAGGCUCUGGCGGUUGAGGCGAAGGAUGAGGUCACAGCGAAGACGGAGGAGGCUGUUGAUGCGGUGAAGAAGUAUGCUGGCAAAUAAGUGGGCGGAUUGGAGGGGCGAGACGAGACAGAGGUGCACCUUACAGCGUGAAUUCUGGGCCUGCAGAGGCUAGUUUACUGGGCGUAUCUGUAGCUCUAUUUUCGAUUAAACAAGCAGGCGGUUGGUUUUGCAGUGCUUUUGAGCCAUGAGUAAUACAUCGGGCGUUUAUUCUUUUCUCUACACAAUAUUAGAAAGUGAAAUGAUGAGGUAGUGUGUGACAAUACACGCAAUACCACCUCCUCGAUCGUCUUG